AGCAGCACGCCCUGAUAGAUAUCAGACAUAGAUACCAUCGGCCCUGCAGGCGAGGACUAGGAUCUGUUAGAUAUCUCUUUCUCUUAAGGUACCGGAGACAGGCUGACCAAUGCGACCGAAACAACUCCACAUAUACCCCAGGAUAUUUCCGACUCGUUUGCAGAGGAACUUUCAUUUGUCCCCCGGAGUCUUUUCUUUCUGUCGCCAAUAAGUUUACCUGGAAUUCCCGCCUGUCUGUCUGCCUGCCUGCCUGCCUGCCUGCCUGCCGGUCCGGGCUGGGUGCAGACAGAAGAGAACACGGUCUGAUUGUAGCGGUCAUAUCAAACCAACUGGCUGGUGAUCAUGAGAAUGAAAACGCGCGGCUGGAUUUUCCACAUGUUUCUCUGCUUGGGAAUAGUGUAUUUGAAAAUAGGGGUUUUUUCGUCCGUGGUGGCAUUAGGCGCGGGUAUCAUCUGUAACAAGAUCCCGGGUUUAGCUCCACGACAGCGGACGAUCUGUCAGAGCCGACCCGAUGCCAUCAUAGUGAUCGGAGAGGGAGCUCAGAUGGGCAUCAAUGAGUGCCAGUUUCAGUUUAAAAACGGACGGUGGAACUGUUCUGCCCUGGGAGAGAGGACCGUAUUUGGAAAAGAGCUGAACGUGGGUAGUAAGGAGGCAGCGUUUACCUACGCCAUCAUCGCCGCAGGUGUGGCCCAUGCCAUCACAGCAGCGUGUACCCAGGGAAACCUGUCUGACUGCGGCUGUGAUAAGGACAAGCAGGGGACCUACAGCCAGGACCAGGGCUGGAAGUGGGGAGGCUGCUCGGCUGACGUGAGCUAUGGCCUGGGGUUCUCUAAGGUCUUCGUAGACGCGAGAGAGAUCAAACAGAACGCCAGGACCUUAAUGAACCUCCACAACAACGAGGUGGGACGCAAGAUCCUGGAGAAGAGUAUACGUGUGGAGUGUAACUGUCACGGAGUGUCGGGAUCCUGCACCACUAGGACGUGUUGGACCACGCUGCCUAUGCUCCGCCAGCUGGGCUACAUGCUGAGGGACAAGUACAACCAGGCCGUGCACGUAGAACCGGUACGCGCCACGCGACACAAACGACCCACCUUCCUGAAGGUCAAGAAGGCCCACUCCUACAGGAAGCCCAUGGACACAGACUUGGUGUACGUAGAGAGGAGCCCUAACUACUGCGAGGCUGACCUGGUCACGGGCAGCAUGGGUACCCACGGGAGGUCCUGUAACAAGACAGCCCAACAGACUAAUGGCUGUGACCUGAUGUGCUGUGGACGAGGUUACGACACUCACCAGUACUCUAGAGUCUGGCAGUGCAACUGCAACUUUCUCUGGUGCUGCUAUGUGAAAUGUAAUACCUGCAGAGAGAGGACAGAGGUAUACACCUGUAAAUAAGACUUAUAUGUGGGUUACAGUGUCUUAUCAUUUAGGGGUGUGGAGACUUCACUAGUCUCUUUAGUAUCUUAUCAUUUAGGGGGGUGGAGACUUCACUAGUCUCUUUAGUAUCUUAUCAUUUAGGGGUGUGGAGACUUCACUAUUCUCCUUAGUAUCUUAUCAUUUAGGGGUGUGGAGACUUCACUAGUCUCUUUAGUAUCUUAUCAUUUAGGGGGGUGGAGACUUCACUAUUCUCCUUAGUAUCUUAUCAUUUAGGGGUGUGGAGACUUCACUAGUCUCUUUAGUAUCUUAUCAUUUAGGGGGGUGGAGACUUCACUAGUCUCUUUAGUAUCUUAUC